AUGGGUAAGAACUGCGCAGCUUGUACGGUUGAGCGAAGGAGAUGGUUGAGAUUUACUGGUUAUCAACUCUGUUUUGUUUUUUUGUUUUUUGUUUUUUUUGUUUUUGUUUUUUCCAGUGAUCCAGUAUGGCUUUGUGACACUAUUUGUGGCCGCCUUUCCACUUGGACCGUUCUUUGCCCUCAUCAAUAACUUGUUGGAAAUUCGUCUUGAUGCUUACAAGUUUAUCGUGGUUUUUCAGCGCCCAAUGGCAGCUCGUGCGCAGGAUAUAGGUAUGCGUUAUAUACAAAGAGAGGGCCGAUUAUUAUUUUUGUUGGUCUUAAACAUUUUUUAUUAAUUGAAAUUCUAUUUAGGAACUACCGAAUAGAACACUUGAAAAAAAAAAAGCCUUUUGUUUUCACAGGAAUUUGGUACGCAAUCUUGAAAGGCGUUACGAAGAUCUCUGUGGUCGUAAAUGUAAGAAUCUAUUUAACAAAGUUGUGCGUUUUUUAAUAUUAUUUCUUUAAGGAUUGAAAUUGAAAGAAAAUCAUUAAAAAAACGGAAAAUAAACAGAGAAAAAUUACUUGGGCGACAGAUUCAGUUACAAACACAGUUAUUUUUUCCCCCAAUUUUAUCGAAUAAAGAAAAAAUUAAUGAGACAGUUUUUCCCAUGUUCGAGCAAAAAAGGUUGGUCCUGACUUAAAUCAAAUAACAAUAAUAUAGUCAAAUUUGGUCACCUGGUGGUAGUUAUUGACCUAUAAGAGCUAAAAAUGAAGGAUUUCCUAAUAGGAUGAGAUAUUUCAUUGCUUUGGUAACUUGCAAAUUCAAGCGGACAGACAAUGAUUUAGCAUGUUCUACAAGGACCGCUCAUUUUGCUUGAAAACAGUUUGUAUUCAAAAGAACUUGAGCAAUAGUAUUGCUUCAUUAAUCGUACGUGCUGCAUGCUGCGGUUCGAGUCACUUUAGUUGAAGGAAACAAUAACAAUUGAAUAAUUUGAAUCAGCGAUUUAAAGAGCAGAAUACAGCAGAGAGUUAUCUCUUUGUUCUACCUGUUAUCAAAGGUGAAAAACAUGUCGUACUCGACGUUUUGAUUUAAAACCAAAGAGAACUUAUUGUAAGGAAAGCCACAAUGUAUAAUCACGGUAACUUGUUUUUUUCUUACCCUUUUUGUUAGGGCUUUGUGAUUGCCUUUGUUUCCGAAUUCGUCCCCAGACUGUAUUACACCUUAGGUGAACACAACGACAGCUUGGAAGGAUUUGUAAACCACACCUUGUCGUGUUUUGCGGUGGAUGAUUUUCCUGAAUCUGAGAGACCUUCUGGAGCUGCUGCUGCUGAGUUCCCCCUAAGAAUUAACAGUUGUGGGUUUAAUUUAUCUACCUGCAGGUAAAAUAACAAGGAGGGUUCUGUUUUAUGGUUUAGUUCUUGCAGAAAAAAGAAUCGCCUUUACUGAUUAGUGUACUGAUUCAUUAAUUUGUCAAAGCUUGCUGGACGCUUGGUGACACUAUUGUAAGAAUCAUAAGUCAUGCAUUAUAACUCAAGUUUUCAAGGUCUUGUGUGCUUGCAUUUUAGAUUCCGAGGGUAUUAUGAACGACCAAAAAUUACAAUACUCAGCACGACCCUUCUAAAUCCGAAUGCUUACAAGUUCUCGACAGCCUAUUGGCAUAUUUUGGCGGCCAAGCUGUUUUUUGUGGUUGCCUUUCUGGUGAGUUUAUGAUGCACCUGAUGGGAUACUGAGAAUCGGAGUAUUUUCCUACAAAUAGAAUUGUUGGUGGAGAUUACUGCAGUAAUGUUGUAAAAAGAAGAUUCCACCCUAUCUGUGUUCCUCUCUGUUUCCUAGUUGAUCCUUUUAGCAGUUCUGUGAAACAUUUAAAAUUGACCAACCAAAAAAAAAACGGUUCAGUUGAAGAAACUUACCUACCAUCUAAUGUUUCUUCUUGUGUUUGGCUGAUCGUCUUAUUUAUUUUGUUAUUUUGCGCAGCACAUCGUGUUCGGUAUGACGGCAAUCUUGGCUUGGAUUAUCCCCGAUGUUCCGAAGGAAGUUGACAAUCAAGUCAAGAGAGAGAACUUUCUUGCCCGCGAAGCCUUACGGUCAGCAGAUCAACAAGAUUCUGUCUCUCCAGUCCCUAGGGAAAAUUCGCGCGGCCAGGAUGAAAUGUUGUGAAAUGUUGUAGAAUGUCGUGUUUUGACAGAAAUUAUCUCGUAGUCAACGACUUGUAGCUGAUAUCGGUAUAGGUAGUUAAAUCUGAUAAUACCACCGUCGCAUAUUUUGAAUAAUGUCUUGUAGUAAACGUAAGGCAAAGUUCGAAAAUCUUCACCAAAAGCCAGUGUUUUACAUAGAAUAAAGGGGUACGUUUUUAAAGAAACUGUGGUGCUGCGUCGGUGGGAGAGUAUAGCAGGUAAUUUAGUGUUAACAACUGAGUUGAAAACGUAAAUUG